UUUAAAAUGUUGUACGAGGUUAAUGGGUAAAAUGUAAUUUACCCUUAAUUUACAGUUAGGCAUCCCUAUUGAAUUGUAUUUUGGGCUUUUUGCACUUGCAGCGGUAACAAUCCAAUGGCGCUGUCGCGAUUCCAUUAUCCCUGUACUCUUCCCGCCCUACCACCACCAUCCCCACUGCAAUCUUCUUCUUCUGCUACUUGUGUUGUUUGCAGCUAUUCACCCUCCAAGUCCCCAGUAUUUACAGGUUCUGCCCUCCGCCCCCUCUGUUGGCCAUCAUGCCACCGGCAGCUGCGGUCUCUGACGGCGGUGAAGAUGAAGGUGACAGGUAGCCUCUCCUCCGCCGUGGAAACUUCAGUUUUCAGCAGUAGAGGAGGGGAAGGAGAGAAGGAGCUGCUACUCCAAGUUGAGGAUCUAACGGCCGUGAUUGCCGAAUCCAAACAGCAGAUUCUCAAGGGCGUCAACCUCUCUGUCUACCAAGGAGAGGUUCAUGCUAUUAUGGGAAAGAACGGUUCAGGGAAGAGCACUUUCGCCAAGGUUCUGGCUGGGCAUCCGGAAUACCAAGUUACCGGAGGUAGUGUUGUGUUUAAAGGGGAAAACUUGCUUGAAAUGCCAGCGGAAGACCGGUCACUUGCGGGGCUUUUUAUGAGUUUCCAGUCCCCAGUUGAGAUCCCUGGUGUCACCAACAUUGAUUUUCUCAACAUGGCGUACAAUGCUCGCAGAAAGAAAGUAGGACUGCCCGAGCUUGGACCGAUUGAGUUCUAUGCUUAUAUAUUUCCUAAACUUGAUCUUGUCAACAUGAAGACCGACUUCCUUAAUCGAAAUGUUAACGAAGGCUUCAGUGGAGGUGAAAAGAAGCGCAACGAGAUUUUGCAACUGGCGGUAGUAUGGCUAUCAUUCUUAGUUUUGGGAGCAGAUUUGUCUAUUUUGGAUGAAAUUGAUUCUGGGCUGGAUGUCGAUGCACUUCGAGAUGUAGCAAAGGCAGUCAAUGGGCAUCUGACUCCGACAAAUUCUGUAUUGAUGAUUACUCAUUAUCUACGACUUCUGGAAUUUAUAAAGCCAACAUGUAUCCAUAUUAUGGAGGAUGGGAAAAUUAUAAAGACAGGUGACAUCUCCUUAGCAGAAGUACUAGAGAAGGAAGGGUACAAGGCAAUUUCUUGAGCAUAACAACUUGAAAGGUAGCUCUCUUAUCCUUUUCUGUUUCUGUGGCCGAAAAGCGCAUGGCUCCGGUUUCCUUUCCAAGAUGAAAAUGUCAUGCAAGAGAACACAAUGGACACAAGCUCAGAUGUAGUAUUACUGAAACUGCUUCAGGGUAAUGCUUUCCCAGAUAUGUUGAUGUUGAUCAUUAGUAUCAUCCAAGUUUUUGCGGGUUUACUCAACUUGUUAGGAUGGUCGUUUGCUCCCACGUGGAGUUGGUUCCUCAAGAUACCUAUGUAGCUAUUUACAACAGUUUCCUUCCUCCCAAAGAUUUUAGAGUUUUUCGGAGGCCCCAGUUUCACAUCUGAGUUCGCAAAGCAGGUUUGGGAUCUCUGGAUAAAAAGAAAAAAUUCGUGGACUUUUGAAAAUAAACAUCAUAUGAUAAUGGUUGCUAAUGAAGUCAAGUGAUAGGAAAACCAGUUCUGCCUGCCCGAUUAGGAUUUUUCGCAUGCAAUGGGGAAGGAAAUUCCUCAAGAUUCAGAAUGUGAAUGAUAUGGGAAUGCACGUGCCGUUCCUGGUUACUACCACAAAUUUUGGCCUAAUGGUCUAAUGCUGAAACACAGUUGCUCUGAAUGACUGUCAGUUAGACAUCCCACUGCUGACGACAAUUCCGAAGCUUCCUGGCCUUAGUUUGUUGAUUCUGAACCAUUACUAUAUGAUUAGCGUCCAAAAUAUACCGUCAUAUGAUGUUUGAGGAACGCGGGAUAGCAGUGAUCACCGAUUCACUUGAACUGCUUGUGUUGUCUUGCAAUUCUCACUUGGACAAUAAACAAAUUAUAUGAUUUGAUUCGGAGAAAAGCGGGUGCAGGAGUAAUGAUCUCUUCCCGAAAAUAAACAUCAUAUGUUCUCCUCUCUUGAUAUUUUUCUUCCGCAUUCCCUUCUGUCUUUCUUUCCUCUUCUCUUGCCGUACGUUCUCUUCUCUUGCUUGGAUGAUUGUUUUAUAGGCAAAAGGCAAAGUGCCUUUCAACCUAACAAACCUACCAAGCCACUUUCUUUGACAAUUUUGUAAAGGUAUGGGCGAUGGAAGACAUGUGGGCGUCUAUAUUUACGAUAGGAUUUCAUUAAUUCUACUUCAAAGAUUUUGGAACAAUAAUAUUAUUGGGAGCUGAUUUUUAUACACUUUUUUAGUUUUUCA